AUGGCCCCCGCACCGCCCUCCGCCGACCCGGCCAACCUGCCCCUCGCCGACUACUUUUUCAUAUCCGGCAUCGAGUCCUCCCAGGUCUACGACGCCCAGCGCAUCAACGGCGCCGCUAUCGCCCCCGCCGAGUCCACCAUCGAGGAGGAUGCUGCGCUCGAGGUCGAGGAGGAGGCCGCGCCGACCCCGCCACGGCCUACUUCGUCCGAUGGUGCUUCUCUUUCCAAACGCGCCAGCCGCGAGACGCGCCAGUCGAUAAGCAGCGUCAUAGGUCCUGACACCGGCCCGGGGCCAACCGCGAGCAACCGCAGCAGCGCCACCAUCAAGGGCUUCCCCCAGAUUGGCGGCUCCGGACUGAGCGACUUUGACUUCGACCAGGCCUUGCGCAAGUUCGCCGCUGAGCGCGAGACGUUCCUCGAGGAGAUACAGUUCAGCGCUGGCACGCUCAAGCAGGAGGACCGCCCGCGCCCACGGCCGAAGACGCAGAGGAUAGUGAGCGAGGAUGCCAGCACUCUCGGCGCCGGCAUUGGAAGCAUCAGGAGGAGGAUCAGCACCAUCGGGAGGAGCCAGCGCAACUCCAGCGUGAUGCGUAACUCUUCGGUUCGUACUUCGAGGAGGAUGAGUGGAUACAACUCCGUCAUUCCUGCGCCGCGCCCUUUCUUGCACACGCCCAACAUGCAUCCCUUGAAGAGAAGAUACGAGCCAGUUCUGCUCGAUAGAUACCCGCCCAAAGCCAUGGUCGACGAACUCAAGCGGAGAAAUCCCUUCCCAGACUAUGUCCCCAUGUUUGCCUUUCCUAACGAUGUGAACGUGGUUUCGUCAGACGAGCGCCCGAGGUCGACGUGGCAUGGUUUUGCUAUGACUAAUGGCGACGGCUCCAAGCUGCACGGCAUCUGCCUGACCGUGUGGGUGCCGCUCAAUCCUGUAGCUGCCGAGGAGCUGGAGCGUCAGUGCGAAGAAUGGCGAAAGGCGAACAUGACGCCCGAGGAGAGAGAGCUAGCCGGGAGCCUUGGAGAGCGGUUGGCCGCCGAGAGAGCAAAACUUUCGAGGUUGCUGGCCCAGCUGCCUACCGUGCCCUCGGGAUCGGAGGAAAGAGAACAGCUCGAGGACGACAUCAGCGCCGUCGAAGAAAAGAUUGGCCUGAUGAAUGAUCUACUACGCCCCGUUCGGCACGGUGCUGCGUCCAAAAUUGACGGCCUGACGGAUGGCGAAACUGGCCUCUGGAUCCCCCGAGCGUAUGGCGUGCUAGGUAGGGAGGGAGGCAUGACGAGCUUCUGGAAGGAGUGGUUGCGAGCCGUCGUCGUGCCCAUGUAUCAGGACAGUCUCCUGCGAAUCCCGGCAAGCUCGCCGAGGAUCGGCAUGUGGCAGCCACUGGAGCGCUACGUCGUCAACCUCUGCGCUGAGGCGCUCAGCCCGAUGUCUUCGAUCACGCAGGUCGAGCUUGCCGUGCGCGAACUCCGCAUGUAUGCACGCAAGGAAGCGGCCAACGAACUACCGGGAUCCAGAAACACGGAUAUCUAUGCUCUGUUCCGGUCGCUGUCGAUCCAGAACAUCGUCACUCUCUUCGAGUACGUCCUCUCGGAGGGCCGCAUCAUCCUACUAUCUUCGCACACGAGCAUGCUGCACCUUGCCAGUGCAGCGAUAACUCACCUGUUAUAUCCAUUCAAAUGGGCGGGCGUCUUCAUCCCCGUCCUUCCGGUCCGCUUGAUCCAAGCUUUGGAGGCCCCUUGUCCCUACAUUGUCGGAAUCGAACGCCGCUAUGAGAACGUCGAGUUGCCUGAAGACGAUUUCGUGCUUGUAGACCUCGACCAGGACGUAAUCGAAAGCACGGCACCUCCCGUACCAUUGCCUCGCCAGCAACGAAGGAAGUUGAUUUCGCUGUUGCAGCUCGCUGCGCCACACCACAUCAAAUAUGGUGUCCCUACUGGACCACCCGCCUACGCCGUGGACGCAUUUCCUUACGACUCGUACUCUUCCGAGAACACGGCCAUCUUCACGCACAAAGCGCCUCGUGCGACGCUUGCGCACUAUUUUGGUCCGGAGAGAAUGAACACCCUACGUCGUCCAAGCCAACCGAUCCUCGGCCACUCGUCCAACCUAUCCACCUCGACUCUCGGCACCGAAUUCCGACCUCCCGGUUCUUCGUAUGCUCCGUCUGUUUACGCACAGUCUACGCUCGCUGCCUCAACAGUCAUGCCCAACGCAUUUUCUGCUCCCGUCCGCAACUCGGACACAACCCAAUGGUGCGAGGGUCAUUGCAUGCAGUGGCGGCCGAACGACGAGAGGGCGACAUGCUCCAUCUGCGAUGAGAAGGCAGAGGACGGCAUGUUCAGGUGCACUGGCUGCAGUGUUAUUGCUCACCCCAGGUGUUUGAACCAAAUUUGCCUUGUCUGCCCCUCUGCUUUUCUACCCGACCAGGUGCGCGCUGCUUUCGUGCGGUGCUUCGCCAGCCUCUUGUACACGUAUAGGCGGUUCUUAGGGGCACCCAGCUCGGAUCAGAAGAAAUCCGGAUUGAUGUACUCGUUCAACAUCGACGGCUUCAUGAGGAGCAUGCCAAGCGAGAACCAAGAGUAUUUUACCAUGCUGCGUGAGACUCAAGGCUUUAACGAAUUCAUCCACGAGCGAGAAACGACCCGCUCAGACGACCCGUCGAUCAAGCUCUUUGACCAGAUAAUCCUGUCCAAGAAAAACCGUGGACGCACAUCCUUUUUCUCGAAAUCUUCGACCGACUUCCUCAACGACACUUCUGAUCACCUGUGGCGCUCUGCAGUCGCAACGCCGCCAUCUGCGCGCUUUCCUGGAGACUACCGUGCGGUCAUCAGUCGGCAGCCAGCUAAACUGGACCCAACAUUGAUGAAAGAACCAAGAGUCAUCCAAGGUGUACCGAGAGUCCCACAACAAAAGGCCAAGCGGAAGCCAAUUCCGUCCAUGAUUGGCGGCAAAUGA